GGUUUAUUUGCAGAUAAAAUUAAAAGAAAAAUCUAGCACUACAAAAAAAAAAAGAAAUGCAAUUUCAUAGGAGAAAAAAAACCUGGACCCGAUUAGUCUAUUGGGGGCCCAAUGCCUUCUGUCAGGACUUAACCCCGUCCCGUCUAAGCUUCAUCUUCAUCAAAAUUCAAAACAGAACAGAAAACCCCAAAAAUCUAAAACCCUAGAACGGAAAAAAAUUACAACAAAAAUGAUGAGACGAUUUCUAGCUAGAAAUGCAAUUGCUUACACUCGCAAUCUCCUUCAAUCCUCUUCAAUUCAAGCCUCCAAAACCUCCAAUCCAUCACUCGCCAUUUCAACUCGGUGCAAAUUCAGGUUCUACUCGUCCGAGCCAGACUCGUCCAGUAAACCAUCCCCUGAAUCAGCUCUACUUGCUCAACUUAAAAAGAAGGAUGACUCCAUACAAGUUACUGAUGUCAGUAACAAAGAGCUGAAGGAUCUAAUGGAAAAGUACUUCAAAGGCGACGAGGAGGUGCUUCCUUCCAUUAUGGAAGCAAUUUUAAGCCGAAAGUUUUCAGGGAAGCAUGAGGAGACAGACGAUGAAUUAAUGGAAGAAUUGAGAAUGAAGCCGUUAGAUGAUGUCAAGGACAAAGAGUUUGAAUCGGACUUCGAGGAGUUGUAUAAGACGGAUGAGGAGCUGGAUGAUUUGUAUAAUGCUAAGGAACAUGUGAUGAAGAAAAUGGUGAAAGAUGAAUAUUUUAAUAUGGAUGAUAAGAAAUGGGAUGAGAUGAUUAAGGAGGGGAUGGAACAUGGGUUCUUAAAGGAUACUAGGGAAUGUGAGGCAAUUCUUGAGGAUAUGCUUAGUUGGGAUAAGCUCCUUCCAGAUGACAUCAAGGAAAAAGUGGAAAAGAAGUUUAACGAGUUGGGGGAUAUGUGUGAAAGAGGAGAGCUUGAACCUGAGGAAGCCUAUAAACUUUUCAAGGAAUUUGAGGAUGAGAUGGUUAUGGAAUAUGGAAAGAGAUUGGAAGCUGAGGGUCCCCCACAAUUUGAUGAGACCGCAGUGCCAGACAAGAAAAAGGACUUAGAUGAUCCACCAGGUGAAGGACCAAUUCUUAGGUGGCAAACACGGGUAGUCCUUGCUCCAGGUGGUGAUGCAUGGCAUCCUAAAAACAGAAAAGUGAAAAUGGCUGUUACAGUCAAGGAGCUUGGGCUUUCAAAACAUCAAUUUAAAAGAAUGAGGGAACUGGUCGGAAAACGAUACCAUCCAGGGAGAGAUGAACUUACAAUCAUCAGUGAGAGGUUUGAGCACCGGGAAGAAAACAGAAAAGAUUGCCUUAGAACACUCUAUUCACUCCUUGAGGAAGCUGGGAAAGCAAACAAGUUGGCAGAGGAUGCUCGAGCCUCAUAUGUCAAGGAAAGACUUAGAGCUAAUCCAGCUUUCAUGGAGAGGCUGCGUGCCAAGGUAAUGAGGCAAGCAUCUAACACCAUCUCUACAUGAUAAUACCUGUGGAGGAUUGAAACUUGAGGUUCAGGAAAUUCCUCAACACUUCAGUUUCUUUUUUCGUGGUUACCAUCUUUUCAAAGAAAAUUAUUUGGAAACUGGAAAAUAUUGUUCCUUGAUGUAACUUAGGGGCAAAAUAUUUGCAUGUCUUUGUACAUGCACUCUUAGAUUUUGCGAGUUGUUGACGUAGCCAAUCAAUCAAUAGACGUCCUCGGUGGUGAUAAAAUUCACUGUUUGGCCACUUAUUCUUUUCAAGACAGAUAUCGCCAUUUACUUUGUAUUAUGUUAUGUAUAGCUUUUCUGAAUAAUCGAUUCUAUUGCUUCUUGGUGA